ACUUACAGUUCCAGUUUCUCUCUUUCUGUUACUUUGAUUUCUCAUUGCCAUUCUCACUUCUCAGUGAAGCAGUUCAAGUUCAUCUUUUCCUCUCUAAAUUAAUAAUCUUUUUCAGAAUUGAUGUUGAGUUGAUGUGUGUUUUAUUAUAGGUGAAGAAGAAACUUUGGGAUCAUGUUUGCUGAAGGGCUUGAUGGUAAUGCCCUUAAAUGGGUUCGACAGGGUGGUGCCAAGAAAGAUAUAUUCAGUUCUAUUCCGAUUCAGAGGCCAAAACCUGAUGGAAUAACUAAUCUAAGUAAUGGUAGACAAGACACUGGGAUGUCUUUUUCAUCGGGUGUGGUUCCUGUACAUACAAUACAUUUGAGUGGCAAUGAUAGUGGCUCAGGGUCCGAUAUGGACAUAUCGCCUGAUUCUGAUGAUGAGGUCUUUGGCGGGCAAAACUCAGUCAAGUGUUCUCCACAAGAUGACAAGAUUAGCAAUGGUGUAGCUCCUAAAUAUGCGAAGCCACUUCACAAACAAGUGAAUCAUGGCAAUGAUAGAAAUCAACAGAAACAAGGAAAUGGUGGUGGGAGGCAUGGGACUGCAGAAGUUGGAUUUUCAGAUUCGGCUUCUAGUACUGAAGUCUCUUUUACACAGUUCCGCAAUGAAUGUGAUGCUUCACUGAGAGGAACAUACACAGAUGGUUAUUCUUCCAGUGUUACUUCAUUGUCGAAACCUGAAAGAACAAUUAAACAGGAGUUAGGUGGCAGACAAUUACAGCACUUGAAGCAUUCUUAUGCUGAUAUCCCCAGUGCACCUCCCUUUGUUGACACUGGUUCAGAAAUAGAACAAGUUGGUGAGCACAAUUUAACUGCUAGAGCACAGAGUAGACCUUGCUCUGCUAAUUCAAGUGAAUCUGAAACCACAUUUUAUCCAAAAACAUCAAGAAGUACUCAUGCUGCUAACCCCUCACAGGAUAGUACUCGGACUGCUGCUGGCAUAGGAGUAGAUUUAUCCACAAGUUCCUUACGUGCUCGCUUCCCCACUUUUCAUGCAAGUGGACUAGGUCCUUGGUGUGCUGUCAUUUCUUAUGAUGCGUGUGUUCGUUUGUGCCUUAACUCAUGGGCAAAGGGUUGUGAGCAAGAAGCUCCCUACUUCUUGAAUAAUGAGUGUACACUGUUGCGAAGAGCAUUUGGUUUACAGAAAGUAUUAUUACAAUCAGAAGAAGAAUUAUUGGAAAAACAAUCUCCUGAGUUAGUCAGCGAGGCAGCUGCUAUGAAACCUAAGAAGACUUAUGGGAAGAUGAAGGUUGAAGUUCGUAAAGUGAAAAUGGGUUUAGACGCCCCUCCUGGCUGCAAUUUUUCAUCUUUAAAGCCAUCAAUGGUAAAAGUAGAAUCAUUUCGUCAGCAUUUCUCCCAUCUAAAUUCAAUGCUGAACUCGGGGUGGGGAGCAAUGCAGAAAGUACGUGUGACGCCUAGUGUUCCUGAAAGCGGUUCACUUGCGCAAAAAAGUUUGGCAUAUGUCCAUGCAAGCUCCCAAUAUGUAAAGGAGGUUUCCAAGCUCUUGAGAAAUGGAGUUGCUACUCUGAGCAAAAAUUCAACAUCAUAUGAAGUAGUGCAAGAAACAUAUUCUUGCAUGCUGAGAUUGAAAAGUAUGUCGGAAGAGGAUGUGGUCCGAAUGCAACCUGGAACUAGUGAAACCCGUGUAUUCUUUCCAGAUAGUAUUGGUGAUGACUUGAUCAUUGAAGUUCAAGGUUCUAAGGGAGAAUGUUGUGGCCGUGUCUUAGCUCAAGUUGCUGCUAUUGCUGAUGACCCAAGUGAAAAGAUUCGUUGGUGGCCUAUAUAUCAUGAGCCAGAGCAUGAGCUUGUUGGCAGAAUACAACUACACAUAAACUAUUCGACCAGUCAAGUUGGGGAUAACAAUCCUAAGUGUGGUUGUGUGGCAGAAACUGUGGCAUAUGACUUGUUGUUAGAAGUUUCGAUGAAAACUCAAAAUUUUCAGCAAAGAAAUUUGUUGCUAAAUGGCCCAUGGAAGUGGUUACUGGAUAACUUUGCAUCGUACUAUGGAGUAUCAGAUACAUACGCCAAGUUAAGAUACCUAUCUUAUGUCAUGGAUGUAGCCACACCCACGCAUGACUGUCUUACAUUAGUAUACGAUUUGCUUUUACCUGUGAAGGGAAAAAGUAAGAGUGUGCUAAGUCAUCAAGAGAAUCGUAUCCUUGGGGAGAUUGAGGAUCAAGUUCAGCAGAUUCUAGCUUUAGUAUUUGAGAACUACAAGAGUUUGGAUGAUUUAUCGCCAUCAGGGUUUACAGAUAUUUUUGGUCCUGCCACUGGACAUGCAGCCCCCGCAUUGGAACCUGCUGUCAAGCUCUAUAUUCUUCUGAAUGAUAUAUUAGGUUUUGAGGCACAGUUGAAGUUAACCAGAUAUUUUCAGGCUGCUGUGAAGAAGAGAUCAAGAAGGCACUUGAAAGUGACAGAUGAGUUUGUUUUGAGCAACAAUGAGGGCAUGUCAAAUGAUCACAUGGCUCUUUCAACUACUUAUCAGAGGAUGAAAUCUCUAAUUUUAAAUUUUAGAAAUGAAAUUUGCACUGACAUAGAGAUCCACAGUCAGGAUGUACUCCCCAGUUUUAUAGACCUUCCAAACCUUUCAGCUUCCAUAUAUAGUGUGGAGCUUUGCAAUAGAUUGCGAGCAUUCCUUGUUGCAUGUCCUCCUCCUGGACUCUCACCUCCUGUUUCAGAACUUGUUAUUGCAACAGCUGACUUUCAGAGGGAUCUCUCUUGCUGGAAGAUUGAUCAUGUCAAAGGUGGAGUAGAUGCAAAAGAGUUGUUCCAUGUGUAUAUAACUCGCUGGAUUCAUGACAAGCAUCAUGCUUUACUUGAUUCAUGCAAACUAGAUAAGGUAAAGUGGUCUGGUGUGAGAACGCGAAACUCAACAACUCCUUUCAUUGAUGAUAUGUAUAAUCAACUGAAAGAGAUGCUGAAUGAAUAUGAAAUCAUCAUUUACCGCUGGCCCGAAUAUGCUAUUGUGUUGGAAAAUGCUGUUGCAGAUGUUGAAAGGGCAAUCAUUGAAGCUCUUGGUAAGCAAUAUGCUGAUGUUUUAUCGCCAUUGAAGGAUUGCCUCACACCCAAGAAAUUUGGCCUCAAAUAUGUUCAGAAAAUUGCCAACCGAACUGUAAAUGCCUACUUUGUCCCUGAUGAGCUAGGGAUUCUCCUAAAUUCCAUGAAAAGGAUUUUGGACGUGCUGUGGCCCAAAAUAGAAAGCCAGUUUAAGUUGUGGUCUUCUUCUAUUGCCGAGGGUAGAGAUGGAGUUACAGGAGAGCAUCUCACUGAAAUAGCAGUUAUGAUGAGAGCCAAAUUCCGAAAUUUUUUGCUAGCAAUUGUGGAGAAACUUGCAGAUAAUACAAGGAUGCAAAGUAUGACUAAAUUAAAGAAGAUAAUUCAAGACUCAAAGGAAGCUUGUCCAGAAUCAGACGUAAAAUGUAGAAUGCAACCUUUGAAAGAUCUCUUGAUUAAGACAAUGGAUCAUCUGUACACAGUCGUUGAGCCACAUGUGUUCACAAUGAUUUGCCGACUUUUAUGGGACCAUAUGGGAAAGGAUGUGCUGCAUUUUCUGGAAAAUAAGAAAGAGCACAGCUCCUGGUAUAAGAGCUCAAGAAUUGCAAUUUCUGUUUUGGAUGACAUAUUCGCAUCACAAAUGCAGCGAUUGCUUGGCAAUGCGCUGCAAGAGAAAGACUUGGAGCCACCAAGAUCGAUAAUGGAAGUACGUUCCAUGCUCUGUAAAGAUUCUGUAAAUUACGAGGAUAGUAACUACUACUGUUAAAUUUUAUAUCUGUCAGUGUAUAUGAUUAUGAAUGAAGAGGUGCCAAUUUUGACAUUAUCACAUCGAAAGAUGCGAUGACAAAUAGCUAAAUUCAAACGGAGUAUACGGGUAUAGAAGUUUUGCAUAGCUGAUUUUCUGGAGGUAAAGUUCUAUUAAUUUUGUUUUAGCUUUUGCCAAGUUUGUAUAGGUUACCCACCAUGCCCUUUGUGGUGGUUAUAGUAAUUCUUUGUUGGAAAAAUGUAGAACUUGAAGAAAAAUAUAGUAUCACAAUUUUAUAAUACUUAUUCUCCUUGUAUCUCAAAGUU